AUGUCUGACAGCGAUGACGAACCUAUCACCCUUUCAGCCCACGCCUUGGCCGCAUUGAAAUCUUUCGAAGCCGAAAAAGACGAGCAUCAGGCCAAGUUUCAGAGACUCAAGGAUGAGGCGGAGAGCAAUGCGCUUUUGUCCAUUGAUGCCUUUUCAGAAGAUUGGAAUGAGUCUCAGUUUUGGUACUCAGAGGAUACCGCGAAUAAGCUGGCAACAGAGCUUCUUAGAGAUGCCACAAGCGACAUGACAAUCGGCGUCGUCUCAGCCCCGAGCGUUUUCGUUGCACUCAAGAACAUGCUGCGAGAUCGAAGUGACGAUGAAAAGCCAAAAUUGGUCCUCCUAGAACACGACAACCGGUUUGGCGUCUUUUCAGAAUUUUACUUCUAUGACUUCCAGCAGCCAGUCAAAUUGCCAGGUCAUCUCAAAGGGUCUAUUGACAGAGUCAUAUGUGAUCCGCCCUUCCUAAGCGAAGAUUGCCAGACCAAAGCCGCCUUGACUGUACGCUGGCUACUCAAGCCCAAAAACGCCGAUACGCUGCCUCGGCUCAUCGUCUGCACUGGAGAGCGAAUGGAGGAUCUGAUUCUCAAGCUCUACAAGGCACUCGGAAUAAAGACGGCUGCUUUUGAGCCCAAACAUACAAGGGGUCUCAGCAACGAAUUCUACUGCUACGCCAAUUUUGAGUGCCCAAACUGGAACUGGCGAUAA